UGCAGAAAUAUUAAUUAAUAAACCAACCUCGAGUGCACAACUGUUACUUCACGCUUGAAUAAUUAACUUCGCUGUAUGCAAAUUUGAAAAGUGUCACAUUACUAUAUUCGUUUGGUUUAUUCACCAGCUUUAUGUGAACAAUAUUACACGUUUUGAUUCAACCAAACGAUCCAAAAUGGAUCUCCGGGCUAAACUCAAACAGCUUUCACAAUUUACACGGCGCUCAAGAGCGAGUUCUGAGACGAGGGCAAGGCAAAGUUCGGAUGAUGUAAAGUACAAACCUAUCGAUAACACAACAGACAACGAUGCUUCAGAUGUGAACGGUGAUCUUUUCAAAUCACGUUCAAUCGACGACAUUCUAGAUGAUAUAGGUUUGAGGUUCUUUCAUUUCAAAGCAUUUGUGAUACUAGGGUUGCUGAAUAUGACUGAUUCACUCGAAUUGUCUAUGUUGUCGGUCAUACUUCCAAAUUUAAAAUCGAUGUGGAAUAUCUCGUCGUUGCUGACCGGCAUAUUGACAUUCGCGUUGUCAGCUGGACUGGUGGUAGGAUCUCCGUUAUGGGGCUGGGUCACGGAUACGUACGGCAGAAAGAGAGGAUUUAUCGGUAGUUCAACCUUCAUCAUCGUUUUCGCAAUCGCAAGCGCGUUCUCAUUCAAUUAUUACUGGCUAUGGAUGAGCCUUUUUUUUGUUGGGUUUGGUGUGGCCGCCGUCUCGCAGAUAUACGUUAUGAGCAUGGAAUUAUUUCCGCCCAAAUACCGGUCGAUAUUUUCGACGCUAAAUUCCGUUUUCUGGACAUUGGGCUUUCUGAUUUCAUCGCUUGUCUCGAUUAAACUAUCGGUGAUCGGUUAUCGCUGGGCGCUAGCUAUCGUGUGUUUCCCGACCGCUAUUUUCCUUGUAUGCGUUCUUUUUCUCCCAGACUCGCCACACUAUCACCUGGCAGCCGGAAAUGAGCAGAAAGCUCUGGACGUUCUGCAGGAUUUUGCGCCCGAAAUGGACUUGAGUUGCACGACGCUCAGCCAUGGUCCCGAGUUAAAAAGGGCGGAUAUCACCCGGCUAUUCCGGUCGGGUUAUUGGAAGAUAACAACGUGCCUUUUUGUCCUUGCUUUUACCAGUAUGACGACGUAUUACGCUUUCGUAUUCACCGCGUCUGAUAUGGCGAACGUUUUGAAUAAUGCGAACAUGACUAUUGGCGCAAAAAACACUGAAAUCGUGUAUUAUUCCAGCGGUUAUUUUUACUCGAUAAUGGCUUGGAUGAAUUUGCCCGAAUUGGCGAUUUUGUUUAUAACUGCACUAGGAUGUCACAUUUUUUCUGUAAAAUAUGUGGUGCUCGCGCUAUUCGCCCUCGCAAUUAUGUUACAGAUCGUUGCCUUGUUUCUCGUUAGCCAACGGACUGCAUUACUUAUUGUCACGAUGUUAUCUCGAAGUCUGCUUAUGUCGGAAACCACUGCUUUGUUUAUAUAUGCUUCGCUCCUAUACCCAACAGAAAACCGUGGGAUUGGUGUUGGAACUUGCCUAUCUGGUGGUCGUAUGGGCACACUUGUAGGACCUUUUAUAUUCGAGACACUGUUUGAGCGAGCAUAUCACAAUGGAAUUGUUUUUAGCAUUGGUAUCUUACUAUUAGGCUCUAUAGCAACUGCAUUAUUGCCGUCGCAUAGCGCUACACUGAGUUAAAACUCAUCAUCGUUUAUUUCCCAUUUACACUACACUCCAAUUACACCACACUCAAUUUAUUGGCACGGCACGGCUAAAAUUGGU